GUAGGGGAAAAUGAGUGUAUAUUUAUUCAAGUAUGUGUUGAUUUGAGCCAAAGACAAGGCUCUCUUUAAAGGCUAUCCUUUCUGUCAUUUUGAAAUAUUUUAAGCAGGGUGUCGUUUGUAGAGGGAGAAGAUAAAAUUAUAGUAGUAGGAGCAAAAAAGAAACAAAGAAAGUAAACUCUAGAGGAAGAGAGAGAAAGAAAAAGGGGGAGAAAAUAAUGAUGGCCAUGGAAGAAUUUGAGGCCUCGAAUUGGUUCCUUUGAUUAUUUGUGUUUUUCAUCUUCAGAGGCCUGUUAGAUUUGGUGGGGUUGAGAAACUGAGAUGGAUUUUACAGAAUCGACCAAAGUUGUGUACAAUAGAAUCCAACAGCUAGAGCCUGAAAAUGUCUCUAAAAUUAUUGGCUAUCUCCUUUUACAAGACCAUGGGGACCGGGACAUGAUCCGUUUGGCCUUUGGCCCUGAUACUUUGCUCCACUCUUUGAUCCACAAAGCGAAAUCUGAACUUAGCUUAAACAAAGCAGCCAUUUCUGUGCCAAUCUCACCCUCUCAGGUGAGCCCGACCGCUGUCACCGAUCUCCCUGUGCAGUUUACAACGUAUUCCCCUGCUUCAGCACGCGCGGCUUCGACUGCUGCUACUAUAAGAGCUGCAACUCCUUUCUGGGAUCCCCAAGUGUCUGCUGAUCAACAUGUUAAUGAUUUGGAAUUUGUCCCACCAGGUGCUGUUGCUGAAGAUUAUCGUCUCCAAAACCAAAUGCAUUUCUUGAAUAUGGAAGAUCAGUUAGAAUCUGCCAAUUCUGUUAGUUCCGAGUUUUUGAGUAAUUACUAUUAUUCAGAACCUGCAUUGGGUGCAAGAACCAGCCGGAGGUCCCCAAGCUUGCCUGAAUUUCCUGUUAAGAUUUGCCAUUACUUCAACAAGGGGUUCUGUAAACAUGGAAACAAUUGUAGGUAUUUCCAUGGCUAUCCUAUGCCAGAGAGCUUUUCUCAGCUUUUCGGCCUGAAUUCGAAUGAUGUUGGGAAUGAUGAUCGUGUAAUCUCUCCUGGGACUCUUGAAAAGCUAGAAUUGGAGCUCACUGAGCUUCUAAAAGCGAGGAGAGGAUUGCCUGUCUCUAUUGCUUCUUUGCCAAUGUUGUACUACGAAAAGUAUGGAAGGACACUUCAGGCUGAGGGGUACCUUACAGAGAGCCAAAGACACGGUAAGGCAGGUUAUAGUCUGACGAAACUUCUUGCUCGAUUGAAGAACAGCAUUCGUCUCAUUGACAGGCCUCAUGGGCAGCACUCAGUGAUAUUGGCAGAAGAUGCUCCAAAGUACCUGGAGACUUCUGGCGAGAGGAGUGAUCCUGGUGGAAUAGUUGCUGGUUCUAGGCAGAUAUAUCUUACCUUCCCAGCUGAGAGUACCUUUACAGAACAAGACGUUUCCAACUACUUCAACAAAUUCGGACCUGUUCAAGAUGUCAGGAUUCCAUGCCAACAAAAGAGGAUGUUCGGGUUUGUCACUUUUGUUUAUGCUGAGACAGUGAAGCUAAUUUUGGCUAAAGGAAAUCCUCAUUUUGUAUGUGGGGCUCGUGUUCUGGUAAAACCUUACAGAGAAAAGUCAAGGCUUGUUGACAGGAAGUAUACCGAGAAAGUACAGCAUCCUAUGUAUUACAGUCCACACUUUAUAGAUGGAGAAAUGGAGCUUCAAUCAACGCCAAGAGUUUGUGAUCAUGCAAGAAUAUUUCGAAAGCAGCUUAUUGAGGAUCAUGAGCAAACACUGGAGUUUGAGAGAAGGCGUUUCUCAGAGUUGCAUUUAGCCCCCAAGCAACAAUCGACUAAUCACUCCUAUUUUGGCUACUCAAUUGAUGAACUGACACUCACAGAUGCCUGUGCAGAGCAAGCAGAUUUCCCUUCUGCCAAGCGAUUCAAUUAUUUGUUGGAUGUUCUGAGCACUGAUUCCACCAGUGAGGAAAAAGUCAGGCAUACAAGUACCAAUUAUACUGACCAGGAUAGCCAAGGACUCAAUCUUCCAGAGAGCCCAUUUGCAUCUCCAAUAGCGAGUGGCAUUUCAACAGUUAUAUAGAGACUCAGACACAGGAAAAUCAUGAACCAUAGAGGUAGAGGACCGAAUUUCAACAACAGAAAUUUCUUUUUUUUCUUAUUAAAUUUCACCUCAACAUCAUCGGGCCGACAGCAUCUUCAUAGUUCAUACCAACAGAAGGAGAGAAACACUAGAAAUUCCAGUUUACUUCAAUGGAGAAGAUUCCAAAGAAACAUGAAUAUAGAAACUAAUAUGUAAUAGGGUCCAAGUCCUUUUCUGUUCUUUUUUUUUUUUUAACUAAAUUAAUAUAAUCACAAAAAGUCAGGCAGAGAGCAGUGGGUCUUUAGAAGAA